GAGCCUCAGCCGCUGGCUUUGCCGCUCCCGGGACCGGGCCGCCACCUCUCCUCUCAGCUUCUUCCCAUCGCUGCCCCCAACCCCUGCCCAGCAGCCUGGCUCGCCUGGCCAUGACCCCAGCCCCCCCAGGGGUCCUGGCCCAGCUCUGAGCUCUGGGACUCCCAGACCCCUCCCCUGGGCCAUGGCCAACUCGGGCCUCCAGCUCCUGGGCUAUUUCCUGGCCCUGGGUGGCUGGGUGGGCAUCAUCGCCAGCACAGCCCUCCCACAAUGGAAGCAGUCCUCCUAUGCAGGCGACGCCAUCAUCACCGCCGUGGGCCUCUACGAAGGGCUCUGGAUGUCCUGCGCCUCCCAGAGCACUGGGCAGGUGCAGUGCAAGCUCUACGACUCACUGCUCGCCCUGGAAGGUCACAUCCAGUCAGCACGAGCCCUGAUGGUGGUGGCAGUGCUACUGGGCUUUGUGGCCAUGGUCCUCAGUGUGGUUGGCAUGAAGUGCACCCGGGUCGGAGACAGCAACCCCAUCGCCAAGGGCCGCAUUGCCAUCUCCGGGGGUGCCCUCUUCCUCUUGGCAGGCCUCUGCACCUUGACUGCAGUCUCAUGGUAUGCCACCCUGGUGACCCAGGAGUUCUUCAACCCGAGCACACCUGUCAAUGCCAGGUACGAGUUUGGCCCGGCUUUGUUCGUGGGCUGGGCCUCUGCCGGCCUGGCCAUGCUGGGGGGCUCCUUCCUCUGCUGCACGUGCCCAGAGCCUGAGAGAGUCAACAGCAGCCCACAGCCCUACCGGCCAGGCCCCUCAACUACGGCCAGAGAGUACGUCUGAGCCCAUCAGCCCCAGCCAGCAGCCUCCCACCGGCACUCAGUGGGCCCUGCAGAGCUCUGAGAGGGCCAGUAGGACACAGGAUGUCCC